CCAAGGUAUGUAGAAUUAUUAAUAAACCAAGAUCUGCCAGUGGAAAUUGGCCCUGCUUUGAUAAAGUAUCCCUACAAGGACCUGGAGGAAUUCACGGAUUGUUUCAGCAAGGAGAGGUUUAUCGGGAAUACCCAGUUUGGGCAAGUCUAUCGGGGACAGCUCAGGUCUAGCAACACGAUCGAUUCCCAUGAGGUCACCGUGAAACUAUGGUUGUGGCCUAAGAUUUAUCGCAUGUUCUGUUACAUCGAUGAAGAAGAUUACAAUCGACAGAGGAUAAAAGAUGAGAUAACUCUCCUUCAGGACCACAAGGUUAUAUCUCACCAGGGAGUGGCUAAGCUGGUAGGGUUUUGCGACGAAGAUGGCCAUCUCAGUGUUGUUUAUGAUCUUAAGACACCCGAUACAGUCCAUAACCUCAUAAAGAAAGAUAAUUUUGGAUGGCUGGACCGUGUCAAGAUUUCAGUUCAGCUGGCAUGUCUGCUCGAGUAUCUCCAUUGUCAGGAUCCACCGUACAUCAUUCACAAUUUAGAUGCAUGACAUAUUGUGCUUAAUGCAGUUAUUCUAUCAUCUGCUUAUUUGAAUUAAUCAGUAAUGAUAUUGAUAAUUUAAUGUAAUGAACUUCUGAUGACUCUU